GUCUAGUUGUGUCAGCAGCCGGACUAGUUUGUGAACGACUCUUGGAGGAAGGCAUUGCCUGACUGCUAUGAAGUUGAGUAGUAGUAUGCUGGACGUGGGGAAGUGGCCAGUGUUUGCCCUCCUGCCUCCAGAGGAGCUGCGCCUGAUAGGACAGGCCUGUGUGUUCGGCAGCGCUGCCAACGAAGCCCUCUAUGUCACCGUCAACGAUGAGGUGUUUGCCCUGGGCACCAACUGUAGUGGCUGUCUGGGUCUGGGGGACCUGCAGAGUACCAUAGAGCCCCGCAGGAUCGAUGUGCUAUGUGGGAAGAAAAUAGUCUCUCUGAGCUACGGAACAGGACCACAUGUAGUCAUUGCUACUGCCGAUGGAGAGGUGUUUGCCUGGGGACACAACGGCUACAGCCAGCUGGGAAAUGGGACCACCAACCAUGGCUUGACCCCAGCCCAGGUCUCCACUAACCUGCUCAACAAGAGGGUGACGGAGGUGGCCUGUGGCUCUCACCACACCAUCGCCCUCACUACCGACGGAGAGGUGUUUGCAUGGGGCUACAACAACUCUGGCCAGGUGGGGUCAGGGUCGACGGCCAACCAGCCCACGCCGCGUCGGGUCAGCAGCUGCCUGCAGAACAAAGUGGUGGUUAAUAUCGCCUGUGGUCAGCUCUGUUCCAUGGCUGUGCUGGACAAUGGAGAGACCUAUGGUUGCUAUCUAUAACUGCACGGGCAGCUUGGUCUGGGCAACAAUGGGAACCAGCAGACCCCGUGUAGGAUCGCAGCUCUACAGGGAGUCAACAUUAUACAGGUUGCUUGUGGCUACGCAGCGCUGGCGCUGACAGACGAGGGCUUUAUUUAGGGGGCCAACUCUUAUGGCCAGCUGGGAACAGGCAAUAAGAGUAACCAGGCUGUCCCUACACUCAUCAACACAGACAAGGAGAGGAUGGUGGAGGUGGCAGCGUGCCACCCCACGUCUGCAGCUAAGACUCAGAGCGGUCAGGUGCUGAUGUGGGGUCAGUGUAGGGGUCAAGCUGUAGCCUGCCCUCACCUCACUCACUUCGCCAGCACCGACGAUGUCUUUGCAUGCUUCGCCACGCCCGCUGUCACAUGGCAUCUCCUCACCGUGGAUGGUGAUGACUAUCUGACGGUGGCCCAGUCUCUGAAGAGGGAGUUUGACAGCCCGGACAUCUCAGAUCUCAAGUUCCUUGUGGAUGGAAAGUGUAUCCACGUACACAAAGCCCUCCUAAAGAUCAGGUGUGAACAUUUCCGUGUGUUGCUGAACGAGACAGACGAGGAGUCUAUUGAGAUUCACCAGUUCUCUUACCUGGUCUACAGGGCCUUCCUCGAAUACCUUUACACAGACACCAUCAACCUGCCUCCGGAACCGCCAUAG